AUGCUAUCAAGACGAACAGUGCGAAGCCGUCGCCUAUUAGCGAUCAAUCGUAUAUAACAUCAUUGGCCGUGACCGCUUCCCCAGAUUGCUGGCGGCGGACACGGAUGGUGAGGGAGGGAGGAGAAGCACUUAGCACUGAAGCAGCCUCAAGGAAUGCUCGGCAGCAGCAGCAGCAGCAGCAGCAGCAGCAGCAGCGCAGAGCCUGGCGGCAGUGCAGGGCCUGGACCCUGCAGUUGCGGCGUGCAUGUGCGUAGCGCAGGGGGCGAGCAAGGCCACGUGGAGGGGGAGAGCGCGGUGCCGCCCAAGAAGCGGCGCCGGCGCGCAGGUUGAGGCCGGCCGGUGUCUACGGUAGUUAGGGUCUUUGCUGGCGAGCAUAGCGCAGCACAACGCGCAAGGGAGCAAGCGCUUUGGUUGCUUUCUAAGCCGCUGCCAGAGGCUGAGCUUAUUAGCGCGUACAGGAAAAGAAUGAUGGCUUCCUGGGCCCACGAUCGUUUGAUUACACCACCUGAGACGUUUCCGUCUGAUUCCUUGCACCUUGGGCUGCAUAUGUCCAAAUACAAGCACUGGAUGGGGCUGAGUUUUGAGCGAGCGGCGCCACCCAUGCACCCACCCCACGCCCACUGUUUUAUCCCUUUUGAAGCACACAGAUGCCUUAUGAGGUUUCGGCUUUGCUGUUGGCCGAUUGCAGCUAAUAGAGACCACCAUUUACCUAGAAAUGCCAGGCUUUGCCCCCUCUGCAACAAAGGAGUAGAGGAUGAACGGCAUGUUUUACUUGAGUGUGAAGCGUACACGUGUGUCAGAUCAACGUACGGUAUCAGUUCUGAUUCAAUGAAGCAGGUUAUGCAAGGUGCUGACCAAUUUAAGUUGGCUUGCUGCGUACGUGAUAUUUGGUCUAAGCGCUGUCUUUUGAUUAGGCAGCACUACGACGGUGCACACGGUGUGCAAGACGCAACUAACAAUUCAGUUCCAGGAGACGAAGGGCCCUUGCGGCUCGGUUAGUCUCGUUGCAGGUAUUAGGAAUGCACACUUCCAAUCCUGUAACACACACACAGU